AUGGAGAAAUUUCACCACCUUUCCCCACUUGGACUUGUGUUGCUAUGUUUUCUUUCAGCUUCCUUCGCCAUGUUCCCGACCAAUAUUACCACUGAUCAGUCAUCCCUUCUUGCCUUGAGAGCUCACAUUUCGGUUGACCCUCUACAAAUCUUGGCCAAAAACUGGUCUGUUGGCUCUUCGGUCUGCAAUUGGAUUGGAGUCUCUUGUGGCUCUCGUCAUCGUAGAGUGACCGGCUUAGAUAUUUCAAACAUGAAUCUUUCCGGCACCUUACCUCCACAACUGGGAAAUCUAUCAUUUCUUGUUUCUCUUGACAUGAGUGCGAACAACUUCCAUGGAGAACUACCACAUGAGUUUGUUGGAUUGCGGCGAUUAAAACUACUUAAUUUGAGUGUCAACAAUCUCGAAGGAGAGUUCCCCCAGUGGAUUGGUUCAUUUCCUCAACUUCGUCGCCUGUCUCUUAGAAAUAAUAGUUUCACUGGUCUUAUCCCAUCUUCCAUCUCUAACAUGUCAAACCUACAGUAUAUAGCUCUUUAUAACAACCAUCUGGCAGGACACAUUCCCACGGGGAUUUUCAAUAUUUCCUCCCUGCAAAGCAUUGCCCUUGCAAAUAAUAGCCUAUCCGGUGUUCUUCCAAGUGACAUGUGUUACCAUCUUCCUGGACUGCGUUUUCUUGACCUAUCAUGGAACAAGUUAUAUGGUCAAUUACCAUCAAGUAAUUUAGCUCAAUGUUCAGAACUUCGGGUGCUGUCUUUGUCUUUCAACGAAUUUGGAGGUUCCAUACCAAAAGAAAUUGGAGCACUGAAGAAGCUUGAGCAGCUGUACUUGGGUAACAACCAUUUAGAAGGCAAAAUUCCAAAAGAGAUUGGUAAUUCAACUAUGAUUAAAAUACAAAGUUUUGCAUACAACAACUUAACAGGUACAACAAUUUUCUCAAUGGCAGAAAUUAGAGACUUCUAUGGUUUAAUAUAUGUGGCCAAUAUUAUUCUGACAGGUGUAAUACCACGAGAGAUUGGUAACUGGUACUUUCUCCAACAACUCGAGAUGGAAUUCAAUAGCUUAACUGGUUCCAUACCAAUGGAGAUCUUCAACCUCUCAAAGUUGAGUGUUAUGUCACUUGCACAAAAUCAACUUUCGGGCAAUCUUCCAUCAACAUUCGGUUAUGGGCUUGCCAAUCUAGAAGAGCUUUAUCUCGACAUUAAUUACUUUUCUGGAGCAUUACCUAGUUCAAUCUCAAAUUCUUCUAAUCUCCGUCUCAUAGCAAUUGGUUAUAACAAGUUCACGGGUCCAAUUCCCACUUCCAUGGGAGACUUGAGGUUCCUUGAAUGGCUGGAUCUAAACGGCAACCUUUUAGUGAGCGACUCCUCAUCUCCAGAGUUGAGCUUCAUCACUUCGUUGGCAAAAUGCCAAUAUUUGGCAAGAUUGGACUUGAGUGGCAAUCCAUUGAAUGGGAUCAUUCCGGACUCACUCAGUAAUCUUUCAACUUCUCUAGGAAAAUUACGUGCAUCGGAUUGUAAAAUAAAGGGCAGCAUUCCUGAUGGAAUUGGAAACUUGAGAAGUUUGAUCCUAUUAGAUCUAUCAAACAAUGACUUAACUGGGUCGUUGCCAGCUACAAUAAAAGAUUUGCAAAAGCUUCAAUACAUGGAUCUCAGUAUGAACAAACUAAUUAGCAGAGUCCCCCUGCAUUUGCUCUGUGCUCUCCACAACUUGGAUACAAUGAACCUUGGACAAAAUCAAUUUAUGGCCUCAAUUCCAAAGUGCUUCGGAAAUCUUACUUCCCUGAGGCAUCUCAACCUAAGUCACAACAGACUAUAUUCUGCUCCACCUGAGGAAAUAUGGAACCUAAAAGAUCUCUUGGAGCUUGACCUCUCCUCAAAUCUGUUGAGUGGAUCUUUGUCGUAUGCUAUUACGAAUAUGAAGAUGGCAAAUUGGGUGGAUUUGUCAACCAAUCAGUUCUCAGGUGGCAUCCCUGGCUCAAUUGGAGAUAUGCAGAACCUGCAAAAUCUUUCUCUAGCACACAACAGAUUGCAAGGAUCAAUCCCAGAAUCGAUUGGUAAGGUGUUCAGCUUGGAGUCAUUGGAUCUUUCACAUAACUUUCUCUCUGGAUCAAUUCCAAUGUCAAUGGAGAACCUUCGGUAUCUUAAAUAUGUCAAUCUCUUUUUUAACAAUUUAAGUGGUGAAAUUCCAUCCCUAAACUGCUGCACUGCCGAGUCCUUCGCUUCAAAUCAAGCCCUCUGUGGAGCUCAAAGGUUUCAUGUGCCCCCAUGUCCAAAUAAUUCAGCUCACAAAUUGAGAACAAAAAAGCUGCAUCGAACCAUUUUUAUUCUACUAGGGGUAAUAAUAGCAGUGGGAGCCUUGUCCUUUGGAUUUGUUUACCUCAGAUAUCGAAAGAAAGAUACAUUUUCCAGUGGAGCAAAUUUAUCCUUAGUUGCAAUGCCAGAAAGAAUUUCAUAUUUUGAACUUCUACAAGCAACUAACGGGUACAAUGAAAGCAAUCUGCUGGGGGGUGGAAGCUUUGGAUCUGUUUAUAGGGGCACUCUUGAUGAUGGAAGGGCUGUGGCUGUUAAAGUGUUCAAUUUACAAGUCGAUGGAGCGUUCAAGAGUUUUGAUGUAGAAUGUGAAGUGUUGCGCAAUCUUCGCCAUCGAAACCUCACAAAAGUCAUCAGUAGUUGCUCUACCCCUGAGUUUAAGGCAUUAGUGCUUGAGUUCAUGCCUAAUGGGAGUCUUGAGAAGUGGUUGUAUUCCCACAACUAUUUUCCUAAUCUGAUGCAGAGACUGGACAUAUUGAUUGAUGUGGCAUGUGCAUUGCAAUAUCUCCACUGUGAGUAUUCAACUCCAGUAAUUCACUGUGAUCUGAAGCCAAGUAAUGUGCUGCUGGAUCAAGACAUGGUUGCCCAUCUAAGUGAUUUUGGCCUUACAAAGUUGUUGGGCGAGGAGAACAGCAUCACAUACACCGAAACACUAGCCACACUUGGCUAUCUCGCUCCAGAGUAUGGGUUGGAAGGAUUGGUAUCAGCAAAAUGCGACAUCUAUAGUUUUGGAAUUAUGAUGAUGGAAGUCUUCACGAGAACAAAUCCCAACAGUGAAAUGUUUGGUGAAAAUUUGAGCCUGAAGAGCUGGGUUGCUAAUUCAAUGCCUGAUGGAUUAGCUAAUGUCAUCGAUGCUAAUUUGCUCAAGGAAAGUGAUGAAUGCAUUGGUGAAAAGCUAAGCUGCAUAGCCUCAAUCAUGAAGUGGCUCUAGGCUGCACGAUGGAGUCUCCAAGAGAGAGAAGCAGCAUACAAGAUAUUCUUGUUGAGCUGAAAAAGAUCAAGCUUCAGUACAUGAGUCCCCUCUGUUCAGGGACAUAAUGGUGCGUGCAUUUUCUCUAAGCAAGAUUGCAACCUUCUUGAUUGUCUCAGUUACAAAUUUGCGGGGCGGAGAAAAAUCUCAACAAGAUUAGGCCAAGUAAGAAUAGCAUUUAACCAGUAGACUAGGCAAUUAUGCCCUAUACAAUAAUAGAUCUGUUUAAAUGGUGCCUAUGGGCACUCGUUAAGAUGUAUUUCGGAUAUUAUAUUUAAAAAAAUAUAAGAUUAAUUACCAAAAAGUGUAUAAAUGCCAGGAGAUUAAUUAGAGAAAGUGUAUAAAUGCAAGAGUAAGUAGUAAUUAUUAGUGUGUGUAUAUACAUAGUAAGUU